AUGAGGACGUUGGGCGCCUUCUUCAACUUCCGGCCGGAGCCCAGGGUGGCGCUGGGGGAUGUCGUGGGCCGGAGGGACGCCAACGGACGCUGGAUGGGCGCCCUCGAGCUGCUGAAGGAUGAGGAGGCCGAGUUCACCGUGCUGCCCGUGACGGUGUCGAGCCCCCGGGAGGAGAUCGUCGACUUCUCGAUCCUUCUGGGCACCACCACCUUCGGAAUCCUCGUCCGCCGCCCCGCCUACGUGCCCAAGCCGGACGCCCUGCUCAGGCCCUUCAACGUGGAUGUGUGGCUCUGGAUCCUGGCCAUGAUGGGCAUAAUGGGGCCCCUCAUCUACCUGAUCAUCCUCCUGCGGGUGCGCCUGUGCCGGGGGGACCCCACGCUUACCCGGACCUUCCCCCUGGACCAGUGCGUGUGGUUCGUCUUCGGGGCCAUGAUGAAGCAGGGCAGCGUGCUCAGUCCGAUCUCAGAUUCGUCCCGCAUCCUGUUCGCAACGUGGUGGCUCUUCAUCACCAUCGUGACUUCCUUCUACACGGCCAACCUGACUGCCUACCUCACCUUCAACAGCCUCGUCCUGCCCAUCGAGAAGGCUGAGGAUCUGGCCAAGUACCCGGACAUCAAAUGGGUGGCCUUUAGGGAUGGCGCCCUGGCCGAUAUCAUCAUGGUGGGUAUGGGGUAUGGGGGUAUCAUCAUGGUGGGUGUGGGGUAUGGGGGUAUCAUCAUGGUGGGUGUGGGUAUGGGGUAUCAUCAUGGUGGGUGUGGGUCUGGGGGUAUCAUCAUGGUGGGUGUGGGGUCUGGGGGUAUCAUCAUGGUGGGUGUGGGUAUGGGUAUCAUCAUGGUGGGUAUGGGUCUGGGGUGUCAUCAUGGUGGGUGUGGGGUAUGGGGUAUCAUCAUGGUGGGUGUGGGGUUGGGGUAUCAUCAUGGUGGGUGUGGGGUCUGGGGUAUCACCAUGGUGGAUAUGGGCUAUGUGGUAUUAUAA